AAAACACCUCUCAACCCUACCUGAAAAUAAUAAUAAUAAUAUAAAAAGCGACUGCCCAGCUACAUAAGAGUACGCGAACAGAGUUAUGGCCGGCAUAAAUAACUACUCUAGCUUAAAAUUUCAAGCGGAGCGUGGACUUCACGAUGAUCAUCAUCAGCUGGGCAACGAGCAUCAUCGGGCUAGGGAUCUACAUUUAAAUUUACCCACGACCUCUAGCCCCAGCAAACACUUGGUGGGGAGCAGCUUUGAGGGCCGCGAAAAGUCGAUUGUGGAUCAUAUAAACGAGGAUCAGGAUGCCAUAGCCAGGAUCCAGUACGUGGACUCGGAUAAUGCCUUAUCACUACCGCUGGGCAAGCACAAAGUGCUGGACAAGUAUUCGGAUAACCAGGAGGAUGACACAUCUGUGCGAAAGUACUUGGUGGUGGGCGUCCAGUGGGUCUCUUUGGUCACCGAGAACCUUCUCAGCCAUCCGUUCGUCGUGCUGCGUCGCCAGUGCCAGGUGUACAAUGCCUCCAGACGCUACCAUCUGCAUCCCUUCCAGCUGCUACCGAGCAUCGUUCACCUGCAUCGUAGGCAGGGACUCACCACGCUGUGGAAGGGCGUCGGUAGUUGCCUUCUGGUUCGCGGCAUGACAGUGGCCAUCGAUGACUUUGUCUCCAAACUGACCAGCUGGCCCAAGGAUGUGGAUAGUCGGACGACCCUGAAGCGCUUCGGACAGCAUGUUCUGCUCAAAUGCAUAAGCAUCGGUCUGGUGGUGCCCUUCCAUGCCGCCUCGCUCGUCGAAACGGUGCAAAGCGAUAUUGCCAGCGAGAAGCCGGGUCUCUUCGACGUUUUCCGGGAGGGAAGUCUGCGCCUUUUCUACUGGAGCUCACCGCAAAAGGGACGCAUGCUGCCCGCCUGGGCUCUGAUCGGUCCGAGCGUAUCGUUUGGCAUCACCAAGUACCUCUUCAAUCUGGUCAUCAGGGGCAUCUCAUCGCGCAUUAUGCGACGGCGAAUAACAGCCACGAGUUCUCAGGACAGCAGCAGUCAGGGAGGAAAGCAUCACGACACAACGCUGGAGCAUCAGAAUGCGGAAAUCUACGCCAGCCUGAUCGCCAUCCUAACCACUGAGGUCAUAUUCUAUCCGCUCGAAACGAUUCUACAUCGUCUGCAGCUGCAGGGAACUCGCACGAUAAUCGACAACCUGGACAAUGGCUAUGAUGUGGUCCCCAUAUUGACCAACUAUCAGGGCGUCGUCGACUGCUAUCAAACCACACUGGUCGCCGAGGGCGUUUCGGGGCUGUACAAGGGCUUUGGGGCCAUGGUGCUGCAGUUUGCGGCACACGUGGCUGUGAUCAAGCUGGCCAAAUGGGUUGUGAAUCAAAUCGCUGAGGUCGUUUCGAAUCGACCGCCGCAGCGAAUAGUUCAGUACUAUAAUCUGGAUGGCAUUGCGGGUGGCAAUUCGAGAUCCACGACCCUGUCGCCCAGUCUUUCCAGCACCGAAAUGGAGGAGACGAGUGUUGGCCAGAAUUCACUAGAUUAGUUUCGAUUGCUAGUCCAAUUAUUAUAUGCAUAUGUAAAUUAUACGAGAUAAAUGUCCGAAGUUGCACGUUGUUUUUUGUGAGAUACUAAC